CAAUAUCCAAUAAAUGGAUAUUACACAACAUAAUAACCAAUAACAAUAGUCAAAAGUAUUAUUUAUUCUCCACAUUAAGAAGUAUAUGGUCAGACCGUAGUGUGGUUUGGAAAUAUGAUUAAUAUUCGAUACUAUAAGAAACAACAUUUUUCAUGUGAAAAUAGGAAGCGGGUCAUUCGGGUGACCAGCAAUCCACCCACCACCCACCUACAUAAAUGCGGGUGAGAGAUUUAUCAAUUCGCAAUCCACCCACAUCAAUCAUCCACAGCUUACAAAUCGGAUUAUUUGCGGGUGGAUCGAUAUCAAUCCGCGAAUUACCCACCCACAUGCCCACCCCUAACAUGACCUAUAAGAGUUCCAUUUAUCAAUGAUUAUGAGGUCAUUCGUAAUGAUUGAGAGAUGAUAUCAGGAAAUUUUCUCCAUGGGGUUAGCACACAUUAUGCAAUAAGCAUUUUAUUGAUAGUGGAUGUGGAUUUUGUUCCUACAACUAUUGUGUGAGUUAUAUACUUAAAUGGGCUUAAUAGAAAGUUUUAUUCCCAAAUUGUCGCAUAUUAACAAGUUUGGUGAUUAAUUUGGAAUUUUAUCACCCCGGGAUUAGGGGAUUCGCUCGUGAAUCCCGGCAGCAGAGAGAUCUUCGCCGCUUUCACCCUAAAAAGAAAAGAGAUCUCCGCCGUCUUACCACUCUCCCAUAUUCCUCAAUCCAUCGCCGUCGGGGGGUUCUCAAUCGCUGCCUCUAGUAUCUGGCCUGUCGACUAGCGUCGCUUUACUCAAGAAGCCGUCUAUGGCGGCUCGAUUUCAGAUUGAGGGAGACGACUCGGUUCUCCUCCGAGUCACUCACUCCAAUCUCAAAACUUUCUCUGCCGAGGUCCGCUGCUCACUUCAGUCAACAGUAGAAGCAGUGAAGGACAAGCUAUGGAGGAAAUGUGGGACAUCAGUCAAUUCAAUGUCGUUGGAGCUCUAUGAUGAUGCUAACACCAAAAUCGCUGAUCUGAAUAAUCCCACUACUCUCCUCGGCUUUUACACUCCUGUCGACGGGUUCCGGCUACACAUUAUAGAUCUCGAUCCGUCGUCUGUCACUUCUGGUGGCUGGUUGGAAGACACCUCAUUGGUGGAGAAGUACACAAUCUCAGAUGAAUCAUAUGAUAAACUUGAUGGAACUUUCAGGAAGUUCAAAGAAAAGAUGGUCGCUCAAAAUCCGGCAGCCUUUGAGCCGAAGAUAACGGAAAACUAUAUGCAAGAACUAUGUGCAGAUAUGAAGGUAGGAGACAGAUGUGAGGUUCAACCAGGGGAGAAAAGAGGGGUUAUCAAGUAUGUUGGUCGAGCAGAACCUCUUGGACUGGGAUUUUGGGUUGGAGUUCAGUAUGACGAGCCGUUGGGGAAACACGACGGCAUGGUGAAAGGAACCCGGUAUUUCGAGUGCCCUCCUCUUCAUGGUGCAAUGCUGAGGCCAGACAAAGUAAAGGUUGGUGACUAUCCAGAAAGAGACCCCUUCGAAGACGAAGAAAUAUGAUGGAAAAAGAGUGAGUUAUGAAGCAGGGGAUAGGUGAUGGUGGAGUCUAAUCUUUGCUUUAAGGUCAUGCAUUCGUUUGUACCUUGUAGCGUACGCCAGCAUUGUAAAAGAGAUUGAACCGAAACCGAACCGAAUCGAAUUGGUUCUACUUUGGAUCGACAUUUUUGUUUAUUAAAUCUGGUCCGAUUGUAAAGCCGUCGACAUGGCCUGUUGGCUCCUAGCCUCCUACUCAUUUUCACAUUUCCAUCAGUUGACUUUGCUGGUUUUCUUGUCCUUACCGUUGAC